CUUUCUUCCCUUGAACAUCUGCCGAAAGACAACACCUGUCCAUCAACACAAGAGUCCGGGGAACCCCUCAAAAGUUAAACGCCUGCAUGUCACAGCCGCUUUCUCCACCAAGCCAACCUGCAUCUCAUGUUGUCACUGUCACCCUGUUAAGUUUGUUGUCGUCGAAGUAAGCCGCUCCACCGAGCGCAGACGGUUCCACCCCUGAGCCGUGAGAGAGAGUUGUGAUACCAAGGGCAACGGCAGUUUCCAUCGAUCUUCAAACCGCAGAUCAUCAUCCAGCAAAUCUCAUCAUGGGCAACGAGGCUGAGGCCGAGACCAUGAGGGCGCCCGUUGACCCCGAGCGUCAGGACGUACCUGUUUACCCGCCCGGGCCUAAGGGCCGCGUCCACAACCAGGACCCCAACGUACCCCCGGCGUUUUCGACUCACAACGGCGGCAUCGUCGAGAAGGAAGAAGGCGAGCUGAUCAACUUCAAGACUCUACACUGGCUACAAGGAGGAAUCGUGCUUGUCGCAGAGACAGUCUCCCUCGGAAUCCUCUCCCUCCCCUCCGUCCUCGCCACCGUCGGCCUCGUCCCCGGCAUCAUCCUUAUUUGCGUCAUCAGUGCACUCGCCACCUACUCCGGCCUCGUCCUCGCCGAGUUCCGGAAGCAGUACCCCUUCGUCCAGAACUUCGGCGAUGCGGUUGAGCUUAUUGGGCAGCCGAUCGGCAUGGGUGGCCUGUUCCGCGAGUUCUUCGGCUGGGCGCAGACGGUCGUCCAAGUCUUCCUCAUGGGUGGGCACAUCCUCAUGUGGACCAUCUGCAUGAACACUCUCACCAACAGCUCGACCUGCACAGUCGUCUGGGCGGCGGUUGGCAUGUUGGUGUUCUGGGUGUUCAACGUGCCAAGAACGCUGAAGUGGACGAGUUGGAUGUCGGCGACUUCCUGCGUUUCCAUCGUCGUAGCCGUCCUCAUCACGGUCAUCGACGUUGCCAUUGAGAAGCCUAUCGGGAGUGGUUCUAUCGACGUUUUUAAAUCCCUUGGCUUCUCCCCUGCAUUUCUGGCCGUGACCAACAUUGCCGGUGCUUUUGCGAGUCACUCCAUCUUCUUCAGCGUCAUCGCCGAGUUUAAAAACCCGGACGACUGGCCAAAGGCGCUCGCGUUCCUGCAGAUCACGGAUACGACGCUCUACAUCAUCGCCGCAGUUAUCAUCUACGUCUACGUUGGGCCCGAUGUGCCCUCCCCAGCGCUCUCUGCAGCUGGGAGCGCUACCAUCCGCAAGGCUAUCUGGGGCGUGGCAAUCCCCACGAUCGCUAUUGCGGCCGUGAUCUACGCGCACGUCGCGUCGCAGUACGUCUUCACGCGCAUCUUCGGCAACACCAAGCAUGUCGUGAGGCGGACCAGGAUCUCGACCAUCGCUUGGCUGCUGAUCACGCUGGGCAUCUGGGGCCUCGGCAUGGUGAUUUCCGAGUCCAUCCCUGUCUUCAACAAUUUGCUGGGCCUCGUCUCCGCGGCGUUCGCCAGCUGGUUCUCGUUUGGGCUGCCGGGGAUUUUCUGGCUAUGGAUGCACAAGGGUAACUGGUUCAGCAGCUGGCAGCAGAAGUGCCGGUUCGCGGCUACCUCGCUGCUCCUACUUGUAGGCAUCGUGCUUUGUGUCCUGGGGCUCUGGGUUUCUAUCGAGGCGAUAGCCAAAGGGGGCUCGGGUACAAAGCCGUGGACCUGCGCCAGUAAUGCUGCAGAAUAAAACCUGUAUUAUAUGAUCAUGGGGCUUAGGUGCCUCCCUUCUCUUAAUUUCAUAGAAUGUUCCUGUCGUUCAAAC